AUGCGGAGCUUCAUAAAGAACAUUCGUGGUAAAGCCGAAGACUACGUCUCUCAGCAGCAUCUCAGACAACCCAGCAACUCCUAUGAUUCAACCCACACUGCCUCGGAACUCACCGCAAACACAUAUUCCUAUUUCCACUCCACCAAAAAUAAUCAAUUUCAAGCAAAAGUCAAGUCCGAAAGCACAUUAGGGGAGAAUGAUCAUUUUGGAUAUGUGGUAUGGCCAGUGAUAAUUAUGGUCCACGCCACAGCCGAAACACUACCACCUCGCAAAACCCAUGAAGCGAUAUCAUGCUUGCAGGCGUAUUGGAACCCUCAACGCCGAGGCUUUUGUGCAUGGAAGAUGUUUCCUGGAAACGAAGACAUCUAUUACGACGACAACGCUCAUGCAGCUCAAGCACUGAUCAGCGCCUACAAAGCAACUCAUGAGCGGAAGUACCUUCAGCAAGCCAAGACCAUUCUAACUGAUCUGAUCAUGCCUUCUGCGCAAAAGGACGGAGGUGUGCCAUGGCAUACGAACAAUAAGAAUUGCAGAAAUGCUUGUUCUACUGGUCCGGCGGCUGUUGCUGCUUUGAGAAUUUGUGCUAUCGAGAAAGAUGAUCAAUUAGCGGCUUUCGCGGAAAGAGCCCUGAAGUGGUUGAUUACUUCACUCAGAGAUCCUGAGGAUGGACUUAUUUGGGAUAGUCUGGUGUUCAAUGCAGACGGGUCUCCCAAUAUCAACAAGAUGAAAUGGACCUACAAUACCGGGUUUGCGAUCCACGGAUUCACAUUACUCUACCAGCGCACGGAAAAUCCAGAAGAUUUGAAAAUGGCUGUCAGUCUUGCAGAAGCAGCUUUGAAUCCUCAAAAUUCCAUGUUUGACCACACGCUUCAAGAUCCACAGAAACGAAUGUAUUCAGACAGCUCAUUCUUCCUGCACCACCUCGUGGAUGGGUAUAGGGUGCUUUCAAAAUAUGCUUUAAGAGACAGACUCAGAAACGAAAUCUGUCGGAUUGCUUCAUGGGGCCGAGAAUUCAUGUUCGAUCCUAACGAUGGCUUGUAUUUCCGUGGCAGCUGUCCGUACUCCAUCUCGGAAGAGCUGAGAGCGAAGUUUAAUCGGAAGUUCGGCGUGAAUAAGGAGCUGUCUGUCAAUGGUCAGGAGAGGGACGAGCAUGGGAAUUUGUGUAAGACAUUGAUUGGCUGUGCGGCUUGGGCAAGGAUUCUUCAUGCCGCAGGGGAAAUCAAUUCAUCUUGA